UGUGGAAAUACCACACACAACACGAGCACUGAUACCCCCGAGAGUCCCCAUGAAAAGGAAGCAGAUCGAAUGUCCGGGUUGCGCGAAGACUUACAGCAGCGUCGUCAGCCUAAACGAUCAUAUUCGGCGUUUACACUUCGAUGUCCAGGAUGAACUCCAGAACAUUGUCAAAGCUGGUCAAUGGCGCUGUACCCAAUUUCAAUGCGUCAUGAGCUCCGCAGGAUGCAUGGAAGUGUGCAAAAGUCGCAACGAGCUGCUGAAGCAUCUCGAAACAACCCAUGAUAUAGCGGUCGAUUGGGUGGAAUUGUACUUCAAGACUUUCUCGGAGUUCGAUCAAUACAGAGUCGGUCUCCGCAGUAAGGGACACUUCUUCAUAAAAGCGACCUCUCGUCGUAAAGGUCGGACCGCGUCUGAGGAACCUUUCGUGCUGUUCCGCUGCAACAGAGAGGGUCAGAAAGUUGACCGAAAAGGCACCAGGGACAUGAAGAACAGCAUCAAGAUUGGGACUUUUUGCACGGCCUACUUGAAGAUUUUCUUCAGGACGGACGACACCAUCCGUUGUGCAGGCUCCCUGACCCACUGCAAUCACGCGAUAAACUACAGAGUCAAAGAAAUCGACGGAGGUAUAUCCGGGCGGCUGCAAGUCAUCGACGACGACGACGACCACGGUGAAGUCGUGGAGAUCAAGGACAUCAACGAGACGGAGGUGAUGGAGGAAACCGAAGAGAUUCACGAGCCGGGCGAGGUUAACGAGUUGCACAUAGUCCACGAGCAGGUUGGCGACGAAGAGAUGCAAACGCUCGAUGAAACAGCCAUGGAGGAGGCCUAUGAGGUCGCUGAAAUCACACAAAUUGAAGAACACCAAGACGCACCGGUCCUUGUCGUGACUCAAGAAGAUAGCAGCGCACAUCGAAGCUUGAACGCUCUCGUCGAAGACACGAUAGUGAAGCUCCACAAAAUUCAGGAACAACGCACGGGUCAGAGAUUGAUUUUCUACGCGGACGCUUUGCAACAAUUGGUGCGGUCGGCACACGAAUCCAUCUCGAAGACGAUAAUGGAGCACCUGCAGAAGAAUAAAGCGCGGAAACAGGCAUCCGUCGCCAUAGAACAGUCCUAA